GCGACUGCAACUGCCUGUGCGAAGUUUGGAAUAAAGUACACUAUUUAUAUAGGUGCUGAGGCUGUCCGUCAGCAAGCCUUGAACAUGUUCUGCAUGAAACUUCUUGGUGCUGAGUUGGUAGCUAUUACCAGUGACACUGGCAGUUGUACCCUAUGUGAUGCAGUCAAUGAAGCUCUGCGGGUAAGGAUCACAAACCUCGAGAAUACACAUUAUGCCCUUGGUUCUGUUGCUGGGACCACACCCUUUCCCAUCAAUUGUAUGCAUCUUUCAAUCUGCGAUUGGCGAAAAAAACCAAACAACAGAUGAGGGAAUUAUUAGCAAACUUCCCGAUGCUGUUGUUCCAUGGGUUGGAGGUGGUAAUCCAUCUGGCAUGUUCUAUUCUUUUGACAAGAGUCGGAUGUCCAGCUUUUAGGCGUGGAAGCUGGUGGGAGAUGGUUUCAAUACGUCUCAUCAUUCAACAACCCUUUUUGCGGGCUGUAAGGGUGUGCUUCACGGAAUCUAUACCUAUCUUCUGCAGGAUGAACAUGGCCAGAUAGAUUGUUCUCUACUAGGAGGACCCUGAGAACAGAAUCAGCACUAGUGAGGAAUCCUUUAUCCCUAGAAUUGGCUAAAACAACCCAAACUUGCAAAGGCUUGAUCCGUGCGAAAAAGUAUAAACUCCACACUAGAACGACUUCGUAUAUAUUGACAUAAACUAGUGUUUUCCUUUAUUUCGAGUGUCUCACUUGGCCUCUUUUUAGAUCUGCCGAGAAUCUAUUUUAAUGCAACUGUAUCAAGACACUCCUUGCGGGUUUUGUGAUGGUAUAAAAAUAGAGCGUGGAGUUACAAGAUCCAUAGUCCAGACUCUAUAGAUACUAUUCCGCACGUGUGGUAUCACGUGGUAUGAUCAAUGAAUACUUGACCGGGAGAGAAAGAUAGGCAUCUCUGAAGAUUCGCUACGGUGUAUGCACGGGCUACUCGGUGAGCGCUUGAGAAGUGGCUGAAAUAGCUUAACGCACACUCGAGCAUAUUUUGCCCGCACAAGCGAAAAAGAAAAGAAAAGAAAAAAAAUAAAAUAAAACAAGGCAAGGCAAGGAACCCGCUGAAAACAACUGGUCCCUU